GUUUUUUAACUCCAAACUAUAACAUUUUUUAUUUUUUUAUUUUUUUUUAGCUUUACGAUCGUGAAGCUUGGAAAACAAGAUGCAUUUCUCCACCUUUGUGCUCUGCCUGGGUUUGGGGGCUUUGGUCAAAUGUGCUGCUGGGAGUGAAUGGUGCUAUACCGGCUGUGAAUACACCCCGUCCAAAUGGAAAGACAUCUCCGGCUCUUUUUGUGGAGAAAAGAGGCAGUCUCCUGUGAACAUAGUCCCCAGCCAUGUUGUGACUGACCCUAAUCUGGGAAACUUUACCUUCGUCAACUUCUCCUCUCAGCACGCCAUCAAGUCCAUCGAAAACAAUGGACAUACGGUGAAAUGCAAACUGAAAGACAAUGAAGUUGAAGUGAGUGGAGGUGGACUCAACGGAACGUACUCCGCCCUACAGUUUCACUUUCACUGGGGCGACACGAAGCAUCACCCAGGUUCAGAGCACACCAUUGAUGGCCACAGAUAUCCGAUGGAGAUGCACAUAGUCAGUCUGAGGAAGGGUCUCACUGUGCAGGAGGCCAUAGAGAAGUCAGAUGGAAUCGCCGUUCUUGGAUUCUUCAUAAACGCAACUGAAGAUGGAAAUAUGUCAGGGCCAUGGAGCAUGCUCACAUCUUACCUAAAAAAUGUCACAGACGAGGGUGAUGAGGUUAACAUAAACCACAACAUCUCCAUUUAUGACCUGAUUGGAAAUGUAGACAUGACAAAGUUCUACCGGUACAUGGGCUCCCUGACCACACCCAGCUGCAACGAAGCAGUCGCGUGGACGGUGUUUCAAGAGCCAAUCAACAUCCAUAAAGAUCUGGUUCAGCUGUUUCCCCAGGAUGCAGGCCUCACUAACGUCUUUCGACCUACACAACCGCUGAAUGGGCGUCAAGUGUUUGCCUCACCUGCAACCCCUCUACCUCCCAGUCCUCCAUGGUGCUAUGAUGAUCACUGUGAUUACACUCCAUCUAAAUGGCACCUCCUGCCUCAGUCCUACUGUGGAGGCGAACGCCAGUCACCCAUCAACAUUGAGACAAAGAAUGCUAAGACUGACAUCCACCUUGAUGAGUUCACGUUUACAAAGUUUGACGACAAGCACGCCAUCAAGUAUAUCACCAACACAGGCCAUGCAGUGAAGUGUGUCUUGAAGGACAAUUUGGUGGAAUUGUCAGGGGGAGGUUUGGGACACGUCUACUCCACCCUUCAGUUCCACUUUCACUGGGGAACCACAUCACAUGACUCCAAGGGUUCAGAGCACACUGUGGAUUCAAAAAGAUACCCAAUGGAGAUGCAUAUAGUGAGCAAGAGAAAAGAUCUAACCCUGGAGGCCGCAAUUAAGACUCCUAACGGGCUGGCGGUGCUGGGGUUCUUUAUUGAGUCCAAGGUUACAACCAAAAGUAGCAGUAGCAGCUCAGGACAUGAGACGACAAAUCCUUCUUCAAGUUCAGCAUCCAGCAUGGAAUACUGGAAAAAACUGACCGACCACCUCCAUGCUAUUCAAAACAUCAGCUCUAAUGUCAGCGUCACAGCAGAGCUCUCUAUUGAUGACUUGCUUGGCAGUGUGAGUCGAAAGUCAUACUUCCGCUACAAUGGCUCCCUGACAACCCCGUCAUGCAAUGAAGCAGUGGUUUGGACAGUCUUUAAAGAGUCUAUCGAGGUGGACGAAAGCCUGAUGAAGAUGUUCCCGACUUAUGCAGGCUACAAUGACGUGUUUCGGCCCUCACAGCGUCUUCAUAGUAGGACAAUCUUCACCACAUCAGCUUCGACUUCCCCUGGACCCAUCCUAAUGUCUCUGCUGCUGGCAAGCCUCUGUGCCAUUUUUCUGUAAUUUGGAUCUGUGAAGAACGAGUGAGAGGAACAUACAUUGCACUAAUUAUUUAUCUUUUUGUGUUAGCAAUAGACCAUAAAAGUGAUUUCACUGGUGAUGUCUUUAGAAUAAUCUUUACUUUGAUUUAUUGCUACAUGGUUGAUUAAACUAUGGGCUGUUAUCCACUGUCUGCUGUGCUGUUAAAAUUUAUAUAUUAAAAUGACAAGCUUACUAAACUUUGGUUGAAGCUACAUCUCAGAUAAUUCAAUAUGUUGCCUAGCCAUUAAUUUCUAAAUGUUAACAUUAGUUUAGUGUUGUUUUUUUAAUGGAAUGUGUUGACCACACAAAAGAAAGAGAGAGAGAAGAAAAAAUGUGUUGCGUUGAGUGAUGUUGUGAUUCAGCAGUGAGAAAUGUAUUCUUGUAACAGACAAAUAAAAUUAAAUGCCACUGGUGUUGUUUAAAAGAGAAA